AUGAUUAGGGUUAAAACACCUGGAGGGAAGCUUGUAUAUAUUUACAUAAAAAAGCGUGGUUCCAUACCAAAGUGCGGCGACUGCAAGCGAAAACUUGCUGGAAUAAAAGCCACUCGCCCACGUGAACGAUGUAACCUAAGUAGGAGAGUGAAAACGGUUAACAGGAAAUAUGGAGGUACGCAAUGCCACGACUGCGUGCGAAACAGGAUAAUUCGGGCGUUUAUGAUGGAGGAACAGAAAGUCCUUAAUCAAUUAGUUAAAGAAAAAAAUAAAUUAGAAAAAAUAGAGGCGGCUAAAGCUGCCAAACUUGAAGCCAAAAAGCUUUCGCAUCUAGUGCGUCUAGCUAGCUGCUUCCAUAUUUCCUGA